AUGGGAAGUGUUUCAUCAAAUCCAAAUGCUGACGAAACUGGCACUAUCAGUAAUCUUCCUAUGCAUCUUAGGAGGAUGGAAUUGAAAUUUGAUAUUACCAAGGAUGUCAAUCCAAACCUUAAAUAACUAUUGCACUGUAAUACUAAGCCUUUAUUUUAGGGUCAUUGAUGGAAAUAAGAUAAGUAUAUGAACAAUUUUAGAGAAGGUCAAAUUCUCCUUUUAUUGAUAAAAAUAUUUUCUGUAAAAUUGUACCUUUUAGCAGAUCAAAUGCUAGCUUCAUCUUCGACCAAUUUUGUGUAGGAAACAAAGUACUAUCUAUUUAUGAAUUCAUAUGCAUUUUGACAAUCACUGCCCACACUCAAUAUAUUCAUAAAGUUCAUUGUAUUUAUUAGUUUCAACAUAUUUAUUAGUCUUGUAUAUUGUUUUUGAUCUAGAUUGUAGUGGAAAUAUAAGUCUGAACGAAUUACUGAUUAUAUUUAAAUCAAUUAUUUUAGGAUACUGUAAGUUAACAGAAGCUGAAUUGCCAUCUUAUAUCUAAUUGGAGAAGUUUGCGAAAUUGAUGUUUCUAAAAAGUGAUAUUUAAGUAGAUAAUUCAUUGGAACUUAGCGAGUAAUAUAAUACAUAAUUUUAGAAUAAUAGAAUGGUUAGAUAAUAAUCCUACAGGUUUACAAUUAUUUCAAAUGUAUGAACCAAAACAAAAGGUUUAAGAACCAUUUGAAGCCUUUCGUUCUUUUCGUGCUUAUACAGAAUAAGAGGCUGAAAAUAUGCUAGAAAUGAUAACUAAAUCAAAUAAGAAUGAAUAUUAUAUGAAAAGCUUAAAUGAUUAGGUUGGCAAAAGAAAUAAAUUUAGCUAUAUGGCAAAUACUAAGAGUUAAUAAUAAUAACAAUAGAUUUAUUCAAUCUAACAAUAAAGAAAUUAAUCUUUACCCAAAAUUUAACCAUAAAAAUAAGUAAAUUUGGAAGAAGACUUAGAAGAGCUAAAUAUUUUAGAAAAAGCAUUAGAUUAACAUUAAAAAAAAUAUGAUUUAUCAACAGAGAAACCUUCAUAAAGUUUGCAUCAUCCUGCAUAAAAUCCUAUUUCAUUAGGUAAAAGAGUAAAAAGUUAAGGUAGGAUAAUGAAAAACAUCAUUAUAACUAAAGGGUGUACUUUAACAAGAAAUGAAAUAUUUAGAGUAAAAAAUUAUUUUGAUUCACUAUCUGACAAUAAUAAAGUUAUUGGAGUAAAAGAUUUUACAAAAGCAUUCUAAAAUAAACCUCAUAUGAAAAGAGUCACAGCUAGCUUAUAUAAUUACUUAGAUUCAAAAUAAAAGGGAUUUGUCACUUUUGAUUAAUUGAUGUUAAAGCUAUACCCUUCAUUAACUAAAGUCUAAUUGGAAAUAGUUAAUAACUGGAUUAAGUAGUAUAACGAAGUAUUUUCAAAAAGCUCAAAAGAGAGCAUAGAAUUGGAAGUUCUUAAAAACAAUGAUACUAAACAGAUGAAAAGAAAAAGAGUAUUACCAAAAAGCAGUAUGAUCAGAAUUAAAUAGAUUUAUGAUUUAAUUGAUUAAGAUAACAAAGGAUGUAAAUAGAUAUAGUUUAAAAAAUAGAUAUCUCUUUGGAAGAUCUCAAAAAGACUUUUACUUAUGGAUUUACUGGUAAGGAAGUUGAAGAUCUAUUUCGAUUACAUGAUUUAGACAAAGACGGGAAAUUAGGAAUGGAAGAUUUUAUAAGAAUAAUACUUCCUCCAGACUAUGUUAUUGAAGAUGAAGCAGAAGAAUAAUGA